CCAACAGUAUCCAUUUACGUUGGUAGAACUGGAUACUCAUUUCAAUCGGGCGCAUUUAAACACGUGUUGUGGAAUAGAUUUUUUUUUUUUUUUUACUACAGUAUUGUAAAUAACUAAAAGUUAGACCUCAGAAAAUCAAAAUGCCGAAAGUUAAAGCAGAAAAGAAAACCCGACAACACCAGGAAAUUAAAAGUCAAGGCAUCAUGUUUAACACUGGAAUAGGUCAGCACAUUUUAAAAAAUCCUCUGAUUGUUAAUAGCAUUAUUGAAAAGGCUGCUCUUCGGCCAACAGAUGUGGUUCUGGAAGUUGGUCCUGGUACUGGUAACAUGACCGUGAAACUAUUAGAGAAAGCAAAAAAGGUAGUUGCUUGUGAGUUGGAUACCAGGCUCGUAGCUGAACUUCAGAAAAGAGUGCAGGGCACCCCAAUGCAAACUAAGCUUCAGAUCAUGGUUGGAGAUGUGUUGAAGACUGACUUGCCCUUUUUUGAUGUUUGUGUGGCUAACUUGCCUUACCAGAUUUCCUCACCGUUUGUUUUUAAGCUGUUGCUGCACAGGCCGUAUUUCAAAUGUGCAGUGUUGAUGUUUCAAAGAGAAUUUGCCCUUCGUCUGGUUGCAAAACCUGGAGAUAAACUCUUCUGUAGAUUAUCCAUAAACACUCAAUUGUUGGCCCGUGUAGAUCAUCUGAUGAAGGUUGGCAAAAAUAACUUUCGUCCACCACCAAAGGUGGAGUCCAGUGUUGUCAGAAUAGAACCAAAGAAUCCACCACCACCAGUGAACUUUCAAGAAUGGGAUGGUCUUGUCAGAAUAGCGUUUAUAAGGAAGAAUAAGACGCUUUGUUCUGCAUUCAAAUCUAGAGCAGUUGAGCAGUUGUUGGAGAAGAAUUACAAAAUCCACUGUUCUGUACACAACAUUGUAAUACCAGAUGAUUUUAGCAUUUCUGAAAAAAUAAACAACAUCCUUCAAGAAACUGGCUUCAGUGAAAAACGAGCACGGUCCAUGGACAUCGAUGAUUUUAUGAAAUUGCUUCAUGGAUUUAACUCGGCUGGCAUCCACUUCUCGUGAAUGAGGGGAAAGAGAAUAUUUAUAUAUAAAAGAUAAAUGACUAAAGAACUGCUAUGCUGUUGAAUGGACAAAUGCAGCUUGUGCAUGUCCUCUGGAAUUACUUGAUCAACUUCUAACUUAUUUUACUAUAGGUAUGGUCAUAUAGGUAUAGGUAAGAAAAGUGUGGUUAAAUUGAAUGGGUUUUAAUUUAAUACUGUUAAAAACCACAUCAUUUAAUUGUGGCCAAUGGCAAUCCAUGCCCUCCCUCUUUAGUAGUAUUACAUUGCUGAAGUUGUGAAGGUGUGCACAGUAUUUUGUAAUUGUGUUCGUAAAAAUGUGAAUUGCUGUGACGGGGUUUCAGUAAAGAGUUUUUUUUAAUUAGAUUCCUCCUCCCCAGCAGUGUGACAAAGCUUAUAACCUAGAAAGGAAACUUUAUAUACAAACACCUUUAAAUAUUUAACUUUAUUCUAGCAAGAUGGUGACCAUCAGAGCCUUUACUGUAUUUAUACAAGGUUUGAAAUGAGUUUGGCUUGCUACUUUGUGUCAAGAGCCUGGCUGGUUUUCCUUGCUGGCUUUCUUCAUUUGUGAUAUGCAACAGGUUUCAGACUUUUACAUAUUCAUGAUAGUUUACAGUGCUUUGAAAUGAGACCUUCUCUAUUUGGAUUUAUUCAUGUCACAAAUUGUUCGCUGGUGGCCCUAUAAAAUAGAAAUUACUUGGGUUUACACAAUCGUUAUUUACACACAUUUUGCAACAGUACUGUGAAACUUUAAAUUGAGAUUUUAAAUACAUGUUCAUGUUUUGAGGGAAACAUUGGUUUAAAAAAAAUAAUAAAUUAAAUACACAUCCAAAAUAAAUUUGUAAGCAGGGAAUUGUGAUUAGAAAUACAGUAAAACCUGCUAUAACCAGUCACCCAAUGGACUGAACAUAUCCACUGCAUUCUUGUAUUAAAAUUAAUAGAUCACAUUGCGAGUCAACCGGGUUAUAGAAGUUGGUGACUCUAAACAGAGGUUUAAGACAGCCACCCUGCCAAAGGGGGGCAAUCUGUCGCCUCAGACCAGCUUUGCACCUGGGGUAAAUGUAUUUAAACUACAUUUUGGUUCACAUAAUAAGAUUCCCCCCAUUGAAAGGAUUAGGAUACAAUAAAAAAAAAAAAAAGGAUUUCUUUUUUUUCUGACCAACAUGUUCAUUUAUGUUUGUCUUGUUUCGUCAUACCGUGGAAACCAAAAUGUAGAAUAAAAGGCAAAGAUUUCACUACA